GCCAUUCGCAGCUUACGAUUGAAUGGUGGCCUGCUUCCUUGACCGAUUAAGGAAAAUUAAAUCAGAUAUGCGGCUUCAUUCUCUAAAACCAGGCUAUCUACAGCGCGCCUGCGCACUGUUGUUUCAGCUUGCUUUUCUUAUUAGUAGUGUCGGUGUAGUAGCCAGCGAUGAGGACGUUGUACCCGAGAAGCAUGUGAUCGAAGGUAAAGUGGUGCCUCCAGAAAUCGCCACAUCCGAAUGGCUAACGUCCACACGAAUUCUUGUGAACGGAGGGGAACAACUCGGUUUCCUGAGGAGCGACGGCAGCUUUUCGGUGCACAACCUGGCUCCUGGGUCAUACGUCGUCGAAGUGGCUAAUCCUGACCAUGUGUACGAGCCGGUGCGAGUGGACAUCAAUUCCAAGGGGAAAUUCCGUGCUCGUCGAGUCAACUACAUCCAGUCAAACUUGAUCCAGACUCUUGCGUACCCGCUGAAACUCAAGAGUCGCGGUCCCUUCCAGUAUUUCCAAAUUCGGGAGACAUGGAGAAUCACAGACUUCCUCAUGAACCCUAUGGUUCUCAUGAUGGUGGUUCCUUUACUGCUUAUCAUGGUCCUGCCGAAACUGAUGAACGCAGCUGACCCAGAGACACAAAGGGAGAUGCACCAGAUGCAGAUGCCGAAGUACGACAUGCCCGAGCUGUCGGAAAUGAUGACCACGCUCUUUACGGGAGGCAACAAGAGGCAGCAGCAGGCCAAGACGACUCGAGUGGCCAAGAAGCGGUAGUAGCGAGCUAGGAACGGGGCACGUGAUGCCGCUGCUCUGCUGCGCUGUGAUACCCCACUUCAGUAUCUCCUGUGUGUAAAGGAUAUCCUUGGAGCGGAUACUAAUGGACAAGACAUGAAAGGACUGUUUAAUGGAGUUUUUUUUUUUUUUUUUCAUACUGGCAUUGCAUUGUCUUAUGCACCCAAUAUCCACUUCCCUUUGUAAAACAGAAGUGGCCCGAAGCAUUUGUGUGAAUUUAGACUCAUUGCCACGCCUGGUAUAAUGUCUGAAACAAAACUGUGCACUCAAGCGUGUUGCAUGAACAUGUCACGGUUUACCAUCUCAUGUUAUCGAGAGAAUAAAUUCACUGUGUUAUACGGUUGCAUAACAAUGCCCACUUAUGUUCAACAAGCACUAUAUCCCGAGUCCUUGCAUCCUUAACUGGUGUGGCAAUGACUCUGUUUGAAAGCAAAGGAAACAAGUAACUGAAGAGUGAUUGAUUACUUAAGAGAAGCUGUUAACUGAAUGGCUUUUUAAACAUGUCCUGGUGGCAUGCACUUGCAACAUGCCACUAGAUAUGUGUGAAUUCAUGAAGGCAAGGACACGUAAACAGUAAAAAAAAACAUUGCACAUAAAUAUGCUGUGGCAUUGUGCAGUCUGCAGUGCCUCUGUUGCUUGGGAAACAGUGAAUGAUCUUUCAGUAGCAUUUCGGGGGAUAUUUGGGGAAUUUUGUGUUAUGCAAUAAAUGUAAAAGGAGGGGAGUGGAGGGGCAUGCAAUGACUCGAGAUAUUACUGUAUUUGUGCUAUUCUGGAAGCAAAUAGCAUGCACUUAUCAGUGCUCAUUUUAUGGGAGUAAGACACAUCAAAUUGUGCAAUGUAUUCCGGUUUAGCAAUGUGCCACAGCACCCUGCACCGCAUGGGGAAGCUUGCGUUGUGUUUGUAUAUUGUGUACUAUAUUUGGUGUCACUUGCACUGGGUUUGGAGCACAGAGCAGCAAGUAGUGUGUGUGGGGGAGGGGGGGGGGGGGGGGGGGCUUGUGAAUAUCAUGAUUGAUGACAGGGUCUGGACAAUGAUCCAGCUUGUUGUUCGUAGACUCGUGUGUCCCUAAAUGCCAGUGGUGCUGGAAGGGUGUUGCACAUCACGAGUGAUGAAUGCAGAAAAUAGAGGCUCUCUUGAAUUCCAACUUUAAGGUUAUGUGUAGCAUUAAGCUAUGAGAUGUCACGAGGCAUGUAAGAUACACCUGCGAGUGAGCUCACUCAGUUUAAUGAUGCUUACUCCUUGUUCAGAAUUAAGCCUGGCAUUCUUUACCUUUUUUUGUUGCUAAUGCAAAUUUGAUAUUCAUGCAUGCUUCUUUACGUUUGUGCGUGAUCUUGCUUUAUAGAAUCAUAAAAAUGGACUGCUGGUUUUUAAACAUAUGGUAAUAUAGCACAGCUUGCAUCUAAAAAAAAAUUUGUAGUAUAUCCCAUUGUGUUUUUCACAAACUUGGGGAACAACUCUACACUUAUGCAUGUGCCACGGUUGUAUUUUGUAAGGUCCUUAAAGUGAGUUUUAUUUAUUUAUUUUUUUUUUCUUAGAAUGGUGUGAAACAAGGGUUGGCAACUACUUCGAAACGCAGGCCAAACAGUCUACCAUGGAACACGUUGGUUGACAUUAGUGGGCACAGAUGAAUAAAUAUUGGUGUGCAAUAAUAAAUGUUGAAUGCUAAAGCUCUCAUCCUGUAGUGUGUUUCGGGCCGCAUGAUACUGCCUCGCGGACCGCCAGUUGCCAACCCUUUGUGUUGAACACUAUAGGCUCACUGUGAACCUAGUCGUUGAUUUCUUGACAGAUAUGGUGUGCUCAUAUUGCCAUUCGUAAUGCCCUGCUUGUGUGUUGGGUUAGCUCAGGUACAGGUUGUCGGUUUUUCAUACCAAACUUCUUGCAUGAUAUAUUUGGAGAUAUAAUUUGUACAUUGUGAUGUUAGUGACCCACUGUGUUCCUUUUGUGAGGGAAAGGCAAAAUCAAAAGUGCACUUGUUAUGUUUUUCAUAUCGUGAAAAUGCUUAAUUGAAUUGCUCUUGUUCUGUAACGUUGCCUUUUCAGUUAUAAGACAGUGACACGAAUAUUAUGUUUCAAGAAAACUGCUUUGCAUGUUAUAGUGAGCUAAUAAAUUUUCAUGUAAACAGAUGUUUUUGCUGAAAAUUAUGUAAGUACCAUCCACAACCAGCCAUUUAGAAGCUGCAGGAAAAAUUAUUGCAUGCAGCCAUUCCUUUAGUUUUUUUUUUUGGCAUCGUUGCCAUUUCCAUGGGCAUAGUUUUGUUGUUAUGAUUAUUAUUAUUGUCUCUUUAAGCUGACAUUUCUUUUUCAUUGUCUGGUCUUGGCUGUGAAUGCAUGCAUGUACAAGAACAGUUUCAAAUUCGGAAACUGGCAGCCUUGACCUCUGUACAAAAAAAAAAGAAAAACAGAAAUUGUUAUAUUAUGAUGAAUAAAUUUAUGGCAACACGGUCGUA